UCCCACUGCUUCUCUCGGUGAGCUGCACAUCCUUCGUUCGCCAAUCCAGAGCACGAUGGAGAGAACGGGCUAGUUGAGAGCAGACAGCGGGUCGUGCGUCCUUUCGGUGUGAUCCGCUUGCAGGAAUGGAACGCUCUACUCGGGUUUUCGCCCUCGGCAUCUUCCUUCUGUUUCAAGGUGCUGAAGGCGGUGUCCACCAGCGGCAGCUGCUGAAGGACUUGAUGGAGGAUUACACCCCCUUGGAAAGGCCUGUGGGAGACGACGCCCAGCCAAUCACCAUCCACUUUACUCUGAGUCUGAUGCAGAUCAUGGAUGUGGACGAGAAAAACCAAGUUUUGACAACCAACGUUUGGCUGCAGAUGUACUGGUACGAUCAUUAUUUGCGAUGGAACGAAUCGGAAUACCCCGGCGUGAAGACUCUGCGGUUCUCUGCCGACCAGGUCUGGACGCCGGACAUCCUUUUGUACAACAGUGCCAAUGAAGAAUUCGACUCCACUUUCCACACUCACGUCUUGGUCAACUCCAGCGGCUACUGCCAGUGGUUGCCUCCAGGCAUCUUGAAAAGCACGUGCCGAAUCGAUGUCCGCUGGUUCCCCUUUGACACCCAGAAGUGCGACCUCAAAUUCGGCUCUUGGACGUACGACGGCUGGCUGCUGGACCUGCGCAUGCUUGAGACGGACACGUCCGGCUACGUUGCCAACGGCGAAUGGGACCUUGUGGGGAUACCUGGCAGUGAGAACAAAGUUUUCUAUGACUGCUGUCGCGAGCCCUACCUGGAUGUCACCUUUGCAGUGACCAUGCGCCGCCGGACGCUCUAUUACGCCCUCAACAUGCUGGUCCCAUGUUUGCUGCUUUCUGCCAUGACCUUCCUCGUCUUCCUUUUGCCAGCUGACUCCGGAGAGAAGAUUUCUCUGGGCAUCACCGUCCUUCUCUCGCUCACUGUCUUCAUGCUGCUCGUGGCCGAGGUCAUGCCAGCCACUUCGGACUCCAUUCCGCUCAUAGGGCAAUACUUUGCCAGUACGAUGGGCAUGGUGAGUCUUUCGGUGGUGGCCACGGUUUUUGUACUGCAGUACCAUCACCACGACCCCGACGGCGGGUGCAUGCCAAGAUGGGUGCAGGUGGUGGUGUUGCACUGGGGCGCUUGGCUGCUGCGCAUGCGCCAGCCGGGAGAGGAGCCGGUGGGGCGGCCGCGUUGCGCCCCCAGCCUGCUGAGCUGCAGUUCGGACAACAGCGAAGGCGGCGGCACGCCGGCACGCCAGGCCCCGCCGCUCGUGGCCGCCGCCAAUGGCAACCUGGCUUACAUGGGCGUCCCGACGGCGCCGUUCCCCGCCAAGCCCCCCGACGUCCCGCGGCCAUUCCUCCCGUCGCCACCGGCCUCCACCCCCGAGGAGUUCCUCUCCGCCCCCGAGCUGGGCCGCAUUCUGGAGGAGCUGCGUUACGUGGCUCAGUGUUUCCGGGGCCGAGACGCCGCCCAGGCCGCCUGCAGCCAGUGGAAGUUUGCGGCGGCUGUCAUGGACCGCCUCUGCCUGGUCACCUUCGUCCUCGUCCACAUCGUCUGCUCCAUCGGCAUCCUCAUGGCUGCGCCCAACUUCGCCGAGGCCAUCACCAAGGAUUUCCUGUGACCGUCCGGCGGCAGCAGGAAACAACAACCCACUCCCCACCCCUGGGCGAGUCUGCAAAAUGGCAGCUUUGGUGGAGGCCUGGCUCCGCGUUUCCUUCUUUAGCGACAGGGCAGGUCUUUCCGAAAUGGCUUCCCUCUCUAGCCGCGGGACGGAUGUUGCUAAGGGAGGCUUCGCGGGAGGCCUAACAGGGCAGGCUUCGUCGCGGACGGCAGGCCCUGCAUGCCGUGGCGUCUGUCCGCAUUGUCAGCCUCGCCCGCGACUGGUCUGUGCCUACCCCUGCGCCCAACUCUGGAUGCCCUUCCUCUCCUGCCCCCAAAUCCAGCAUCUCCUUUGCGUCCGCUGCCGUCUGACUCAAACACUGCAGUGAAUCCAUCCCGCCGGUCGUCGUAUCCCCGAUCUGAACCCUCCAAGCCAAGUUCGAAACUUCACGAAUUUCGAAGCCAGCCUGGCGGCA